AUGAGUGAAGGAAAAACUGCUAUUCAAAGAUGUGAAGAACUUAUUUCUCGAUGGAAAUCUGAACGAAAUUCACCAACAUUUGACCCAGUUCCUUUGUUAAAUAACUUUUCAGAAUUACUAGAAGAACAAAUCAACUUAUUUUUUAGUACUGAUCCUGAUCCUUUCGAUGAUCGUCAUCCACUGCGGACGGAUUCUAGUUGUGAUUUAGGUCAGAUAUUACGUCUCCUGUCAUCUCACGAUGCCUUUCUGGAACGUUUAACUUAUGUUUAUUUGUUGGGUUCUAAUGACCCAUCAAACGAAUUAGUAAUUGCUUCAUCACGACUGCUCUGUGCAAUGAGAUUGGGUGUGACUUUGUCAUUUUCACUGGAUGAGGAGGAUGUAAUAAUUAAUACACUCUACAAGUUGGCAUUAAGUGAAACUGAGCCAACUAAUUGUUAUGCUUUGUUUCUUCUGGGUUCUGUUCUUGAUAAUACAGAAUUACUCUACAUUACGCGACAAAAAAAUAUACAAUUGAUUCCAAUUGUGUUAAAUCGCCUACUCAGUUACACAGGUCAAUUAAAAAAUGAAUUAUCUUCAACUACCCAAUCAACUUACGAAGGUGGUAUGACAAAUUUAUUAGGAAGUUUUGUUUUGAAUCCACUCAGGACGGAAAUGAAGAUUCGGCUUUCAAUUGCCUAUUUGAUCCCAUUGGCUGAAUAUCAGGAUCUUAUGCCAUUCAUGUAUAACGGGGGUAUUUUAGAUUUGAUCUACACUUAUCUUAUGCCAGAAGUUGCCUCUCGUGAUAUUCGUCUUACAUUUGAAGCGUUACGUUUAUUAGCUAAUCUUCUUUGUCAUCGAUGUGUUUAUUUGGAAUUUGUUGAACAAGAUGGUUUACAAUCUGUGCUUAAAGUGCCAAGGCCAUCAGUAGCUGCUACAGCUGUUAGUGUAGUUCUUUAUUAUACAGCCUACUUUGAAGAUGCCAUGGAACGUGUUUGUCAGUUAUCCAGUUGUCUACUUGACGAUUUAAUUAAAUAUUCUCUUUGGCUAGUUGAAUGUUCACAUCCUUCAGCUCGUUGUUAUUCAUUAUUCUUUUUACACUUAGUUUUAUGCUAUGGUAUAACAUUUCGACGAUUUGAACAACAGAAUGGUUUAGUAUAUUUAUAUAAUGCUAUAUGUGUCCUACCAUUGCGUUUGACAGAGGAUAAUCCAACUACUUUGAAAGAUACGACUUCGUGGCAUGUUGUUCGUGCAAGUUUAUGUGCUAUUCGUCGUUUCUUAGAAAUCAGUCUUUUGUUAUGGAUUGAUACGAUAGAUCCUAGUUUAGCUAGCUUAUUUGAUGAAUCUCCAAGAGCAGUAGCUGCUGUCGGAUGUCGUCCGAUAACAUAUACAUCUGAACAAUUCUCUCGGCUCAUGUCCUUAAUAAUUUCUCGUAUUCGUCCAGAUACUGUUUGGCAACCUACUCAACAGCUUAGAGACUGUGGUGCUAUUGAUGUAUUAUAUCGUAUUAUUGCACGCAAUGUAUAUGCUCAUAACAACUGGCCAUGUCGCAGUGAAUGCACCCGUUUGGCUGUUGAUAUAUUCAACCUAAUGUCUAUAACAUAUGAUUUAGCUGACGAGAUUGUUUCUGCUGAUGUGUAUUCGUUCCCUACCAGUUUAAGCUCAGCAACAUUUCUCGGUCCAACACCAUUACUCUCAUCGUUAGCAGCUGGAGGCGACAGUCCGUCUUCAGAAUUUGGUUCAGCUGACGUAACUGUUCACUUACCUUCUCCACGUGGAAAUAAUCCUACACAUCGUAGGGGAUUAAUUAAUCAAUUACUCCAGAUAGUUGAGCAAGUGGGUAAUGAAGGAAUCGGCGGAAGCGGACGAGAAAUCAGUCGAGAAGAUAGGCGAAGACCUGUGUUAAGGAGAUCUGGAAAUCAAAGUAAUGGAGCAACAUCGAAUCCAGUUUUACCAACAGAAAAUCCACAAAGAUCAAACGUCACACCAACCACCGUCUCGAAUUUCGCCAGUGAAUCUGCAUCAAGAUCUCAAGAACGAACAAGUGAUGGUGAAGAAAAUGGAGCAGAAGGUUCUUCCACAUUGGACGAACGUAUCAAUGGUCUUCACAUGCUAUUUAGUAUUUCACGUGAAGACGACAACUGGGAUGUAUCGGUUCAUAAAGCCGUUUUAGCAUUUAUAUGCACAUUAGUUUAUCGUCCAGUUGUAGAACAUGAACAUCCAGAUCAACCUAUUUCAGUAACCGGUUUAUUAUCGAAUUUCACUUCUGCACCGAAUUCAAAUAUGGGAAAUCAUGCACCUUCGUCACCACCGCCUCCUCGAAAUCCAACGAGUAUUACACCGAGUAGUAAUUCAUUUAAGGCUCCGCAGCGUACAAAUGGUUCACGCGGUUCAGUUAACCGAAAACGUCGUUAUGAUGAAACCGUAGCACUAUCUUCACCAUCUUCCAUUUCAUCAAACUUGUGUUCUCGACUUAAUCAACCAUCCACUCCAUCUCAACAAACAGGAACGCAUUUAGUUCAAUUUUCUGAAUCUUACAUGCCAUCUCCAUUCGGGCGUCAAAAAUCAACUCAACUUCUUUAUCGUCAAGCAAAAUUGUGGAAUAUUGUCCGACGGCAACAUGGUAUAAUGGUAUUACUUUAUCAUUUAGAAACCAAACAACCAAUAUCUGAAGCUGAUAGUGUUCGAACUUUAGCUUGUCGAGGUUUAGUCGGACUUGCACGAUCUGAAGAAGUUCGUAGUAUGUUGGCCAAACUUCCACUAUUUACUAAAGCUCUUUUACAAUUACUUAUGAAAGAACCUGUCCUACCUGAUCGAUUGACUGAACAUGCAGAAUUUUGUCGUUAUGCUACAAUGCUUAUACGUCUGGUUGUUGGAAAUUUAUCCGAUGGUGUUUUAUCGGGUGAUAUGUCAUUGGAACGUGUUCGUCGAGCAGAAAUAGUCGCAAAAACCCGAAUACAAUGGGAUCAAGAAGAAUUAUUAGAAUUAAUUUAUCGACAUUUACAAAGCAAAGGCUUGUAUGAAUCUGCUACAGUACUUCAACGUGAGGCUCGUUUAAAAAUUGUCCCUGCCGCACCUAUUCAAUUGCCGCUUUAUGAUGAUUUUAGCCGACCACCUGGUGAAACACCUCCAUAUCAACCGUCAUCUGGAGUUGUACACGUUUCUGAUUAUUUAAGCACAAGCGUUGAUUCGUAUAAUAGCUCUUCAAAACGAGAUUACGAUACCAAUGAAUCAACUUCGAUAGUUUCUAAUUGUGAGAAUAUUGGUUCAAAUAAUGAUAAUAAUACUACUACCAAUACUUGUGGUGAACUUCCUCCAACUCCAAAUCUGAGAUUAACUAAAAUUCGCCAUAAUGCAACUCCUAGUCAAACUCCGAAACCUUGUCGUGAUCGUUUUGAAAGACCUGGUCUACCAAAUCUCUACCUCAAACCAGUAUCUACUCAACCUGUCUCGGAAAUGACCUUAUCUAAAGUAGUAGAAUCAUUUCUGUUGCAUCAACAUUCACAAUGUCCUCAUCCUGUUUCUGUUUGCCCGAAAUUCUCUUUGUAUUAUCCACAUCGCUGUCCAGAACCUCGACUUAAUAAACAAACUAAUUGUUGUCAACGUUUACUUCUACGUGAAGACCUUUGUGGUUCAUUAAGACUUAAACCAUCAACAAAAGAACUUCGACACUUUUUACAUCGAAGAUUUCAACCAACUGCAGUUAUCCGAGAGGCUGAUGAUGAUAUGUUAACAGCAUGUUGUUUUUCGAGAACAGAUGAUGGUCUGUUUUUAGGUUCGAAUUCAGGAGCUAUUGCAUGGGUUAAUGUUGAAGAAGAUGGUUUACCCAUAGAAUUAUUUCAUAUACAAUCUUCAUCUAUUCGACGUUUGGCGCAUACACGUGAUGGUGAACGCUUAUUAGUUUGUUCUGAAUGGAAUGAACCUGCUACGGUUGUUGCUAGACUUAAACCAUCCACAAAUACAGGCUCGAAUUCAAAUAGUCCUUGGGAGACUGUUUCUGAUGAUUUUGUAUUUCGUGUAUCAGAAGCUCGUCAUGCAGAAUUUAGUAAUACAGGUCAUCAAGAUCGUCUGGUAGCAACCUAUGGAAAAAUGGCUAAGGUAUUUGAUCUUACUACUAGAACUCGUGUUGCAGAUUUAUUCUCUGCUGUGAAACAAAGUGGAUACAUUUUAAAUAAGGCAACAUUCUCACCAACAGAUUAUUUAGUAUUAAAUGAUGGUGUUGUUUGGGAUCUAAGAUGUACUGGAUUACUUUCAACUAGUUUCUCCAGUUCACUACAAUAUCCUGGUACAUCUUCUCGACCUAUACAUAAAUUUGAUAAAUUUCAAGAUAUUGUAUCAGGUGUUUUUCAUCCAAAUGGGCUUGAAAUCAUUAUUGGUUCAGCUGUAUGGGAUUUAAGAACAUGGAGAUUAUUGCAUACUAUCCAACCACUUGAUCGACUUGAAGUACAAUUCAACGCUUCAUAUGAUGUAAUAUACGCCGGAAUAUUUGGUUUAGACGAUGAAGAGUAUGCUGAAUUAGGCAGUAGUCGUUUAGCUAUGCAAAAUAUGUUUCGUACAGUCGAUGCUAUAGACUAUAGCCUAAUUGCUUCAGUUGAUGUUCGUCAUCGAAUUGAGCAAUUAGCUUUGGAUACUGCAGGACAGUCGUUGGCACUAGUCGAGAAAAUAGGAGAAAAUAACAGUAGUGAGCCUAUCACUCAGUGUAGAAUUUACAUGAUUGGUCGUAAACGCGGGGAGCGUGAACCUGACAACGAUGAUGAAGAGGGUCGUGAAGAUGAAGAGGAUGAUGAAGAUGAUGAUGAUGAGGAUGACGACGAUGAUGAUGAUUUAUUGAAUGGAGAUGCUUCUGACGAACUUGCCCAAAUACUUGAUGAAUCUUCAGAUGAUAUAAGUACCAGUGAUUCAAGUGAUUGGAGCCCAUCUUCAAAUGAACAACGUGUUAGAAGACGACGUACACGCCGUCGACGCACCGAGGCGAAUUCGAACAUCACAGAGUCUGCUAAUGUUGAUGAAGUCACGAACAAUAAUGAUAUAAAUCCUAUUUUAAAUGCUGAAAACGUUCUCACAGAUUCUCAGGCAGAGUCUAAUGAAGCCAUGGGUCGAGCAAAUGAUGGUGAUGAUGACUCAUCAUGGGAAACACUUGAAGAAGAAGAAGUCACAGAAGGCAUGGAAACAUCAUCUGAAGACUAAUUAAAAAAGUAGUAAUAAUAAUAAUAGUGAUAGUAACAAUCAGUUUCGCGAUUUUGUUUAUUUAAAGAUGCUGUAAUUCAUAUUUAACAUACUGUAUAUUAUAUGCACACUUACACUUGAGGUUUUCAACGAAUAUUGCCUCUGUAUAAAAGAUCAUCC